CCCAUGAGUCAGGGCUCCUGAAGGCAGUUAGUGUCAAAGUGAUAGGCAUGCUAGGGACAGUGGGUUCCGGAAGACUGGGGCACUAGUGUCAGGAUGCCAGGACCUGAAGGGUACCUUAUUUAGUAAGAGGGAGUGAGGCAGGGCCUAACCUCCCUGGUUGUUUAUACUAAAGACAGUGAUCUUUGUUUUAUGUGUAUCUCUGUAUUUGAGCAACCUGAAUAAAGGGUAUUUGUUUUUGCACAAGCCUGGAGUCGGUCGCUGGUGGAAUUUUUGUAGCAAAGCACAUUCUAGCAAGACUCCUGUUACAAAUGGCGCCUGAACAGGGACUCUUCUGCUAGUCGUGUCACACAUGGCAGAGGACCCAACAGCCGCAAGGUAGUGACACACAUAGCAGCUAACUCCAGACCAAGCUGAACUCGUGGGCAUCAGUACCAGACCAAGGGUGUUUGGCAGGCACAGAAACUCCCUCAGUGGUCAGAAAUGGAGCUCUUGAGCACAGCAUGUGGGAGAGACUGAAGGACGGCCGUCUGACCCUAGUGGAAGAGGGGGUGACUGCUCUACAGUUCAUGAAGAAGAGAAUCAGGAGUCUCUCUCUAAAUGGAGAUGAUGACCCUUUUUAUGUUGCUGACCUGAAUGACGUGAUAGAGAAACAUUGGCGAUUUCUCCAGCAGCUGCCCCGUGUGAGGCCGUUCUAUGCUGUGAAGUGUAACAGUAGUAUUGAGGUUCUCCAAGUGUUUGCAGCCCUGGGUACAGGAUUUGACUGCGCCAGCAAGGCUGAGAUAAAGAUGAUACUAGGGAUGGGAUUACCUGCCACUGAUAUCAUCUACGCAAAUCCCUGCAAACAGCCGUCUCACAUCCGAUAUGCAGCCAAGCAUGGAGUCAACAGGAUGACGUUUGACUGUGAGAGUGAACUGGAGAAAAUCCCAGAGAAUCACCCAGACGCAGAAAUGAUCCUCCGCAUCCACACCGAUGAUGAGGGAUCAGUCAGCUGUCUCAGCAAGAAGUUUGGAGCCCUGGUAGAGAUAUGUGAGCACCUCCUGAAGAGGGCGAAGAGCCUGAAUGUGUUGGUCACUGGAGUCAGCUUCCAUAUUGGUUCUGGCUCCAGUAACCCCCACAGCUUUCACCAGUGUAUUGCGGAUGCCAGACGUCUGUUUGACGUUGGAAACAAACUGGGACACAAGAUGAGAGUGUUGGAUAUUGGAGGGGGGUUUCCUGGUCACCCUGAUUUCCAGCCAGGGUUCGAGGAGUUUUCUGCUGUGAUCGCUGAAUCGCUGGAUCAGUACUUUCCCAGUACGGAGGAUGUACAAAUCAUUGCAGAGCCCGGGACAUAUUACAUGUGCUCUGCUUUUACUUGUGCCAUCAAUAUAAUAACAAAGAAAGAGAAUUAUGUGAAAGCAGCAGAUGGGAAGGACACAAGAAAACUCUCCUAUUAUCUGAACGAUGGUCUGUUUGGCUCAUUUCUAUUUUAUGAACUAUACAAAAAAGAAAUUAGGCUUGUACCAGUAGUGGACAAGGUCAUUCUCCCGUCGGCAGAACGCUUUCCCAGUACGCUAUGGGGACCGUGCUGCACAGAGAAGGAUAUGAUCCUGGAAGAGGUCGAUCUCCCAGAGCUGGAAGUGGGGGAUUGGCUCAUAUUCCAGAACAUGGGAGCUUAUCACAUCUCCAUGGCAACUGUGUUCUGCGGCUUCCGUCCUCCACGUGUUCAUUAUAUUCUCAGCAAAGACAAAUGGAUGAUUUUUGAGAGACAGUGUAGCAAGCUGAGCUAUUAAACUCUAGGCGCAGUGGGGUACAGCGCACACAGAUUGUAUAAAGAGAAAAUUAUUCAGGGGAAAAUGACAACUGAAAGCGGCGAGUCAAGCCGAUUAUAUUUAUUAUGUCAACAAAGGUGCAGUGGGGUACGGCCUGUGGAGUCACAGUGCAGCACCAAUGUGACACACUAAAACAAUAGAUGUAACUAAAUGUAUGCCCUAUAAAAAAUAAUAAACAAUGACUUGCUAACUGCC